CCAUGCCGUUUGGUUCCCAUCGCAAUUCGAAAAUCGAGAAGAGUUUCAUCGAAGCGUAGCAAUGUAUGUAUAUAUUGUAUGUACACAUUUUUUUUCCCGUCUUGUCUAGAUCUCGUUUUGUCUGCACAGCACAGAUCUCGUGAAGCCCCAACGGUCUAAUUCUCUGCGCCACUGCUUCCUGCCUCGAUAUUUUUAAACAAUGUGCAAAAAACCGUCGCGUAGGUGUAUUGUACUCUCUUUCUCACUCAUCCAUUUUAACCGAUUCUUCUUCAAUUUCUCCCUCCUCCACCCGCAAAUGGGUUCAGCCUCAACCUCCGUUACCUCCCUCCUUUUCCUCUUAUGCUCUCUAAUGGCCGUGGCGGCGGCAGCCCAAGGCGGCCGAAGUGCCGGCGCCGGAAGGCAGCUGUGGUGCGUGGCGAAGAACAACGCCGAGGACGCCGCCCUGCAAUCCGCCCUCGAUUGGUGCUGUGGCUAUGGCGGCGCCGACUGUGGGCCCAUCCAGAAAGGCGGGCCCUGCUACGACGCGUCGGACCUGCAGCGUACGGCGUCGUUUGCCUUCAACGAUUACUACGUCAAGCACGGCCCCUCCGAUGAAAGCUGUAGUUUUGGCAGCACUGCUGCCCUUACUUCGCUAAACCCUAGUCAUCAUAACUGCAAUUUUCCAUCCAGCUUAAGCUCGUUGAAUGGGAACUUUACGGCGACGACGGCGGCCGGAUCCGAAUCAGGAUCAGGUAGCACAGCUUAUCUGAGCAGCAGUUCAUUAGCUCUCAAUAGGGCCUGGGAAUUACUUGCAAUUACACUUCUCUUUGCAGCCUCACGAAUCUUGUAAGGUACUCGUAUCGUCAGUUUUGAAUGUAGCUAGAAAUUCGGAUUCUUGCCGAGAAGAUUUUAGCAGAGAAGAUAAUGGAUGAUUCUUGGUUUCUUCACUGAAAUACGUCAACUGUAUAUUUCCUAUCUUUUUGUUGUGCAAUAUCUCUACAUUGUGUAAGCGAAUUCGGGACAUAAUUUGGUUUCCGGCAAUAAUAUUCGUCUAAUAUCAAAAUGGUUGUGAGUUUGGGAUCUUAGUUGUGAUCAUAUUC